AUGUCGCAGGCGUCGCAGUCGUCGUGGGCACCAUAUCGCAGCACUUCCCAAAUAUGGAAAGAAGGUGCCCACGAUGACCGCGACGCCCGCGACAAGGUGCUGCGACACUUGUCAGUACCUCACAUUCAAUUCCAACUCAAGCUGACUUUCUGCUAUUGGUGGCUUGAGCAACUUGUGUCAACAGGAAUUGAGGAGGCGAUGAGGGACGGAGUGAUGAUGCUGCCAGUGAGAACUGGCAAGAUGGUUUUCGAACAUGGCAUACUAGAAUGCUCAGAAAAGUCAUAUACAUCCUAUGCUAAUGUCAUGGUGGCAUAUGUUAUGAACAUGAUGACAAUCCCACCCUACUCAUAUACUACACCUAACGAAAAGUUAGCAUGCUCAGCUGCUAAUCCUCAUGCACAUGCCUGA